AUGCUUCCUUUAAGUUUCGUUGAAGGAGACGGAUUUAAGGAAGUCUUACACUUUCUUGAACCGGAUUACAACCCUCCCUCACGGAAAACCAUAACCGCGAGAAUCGAGCUCCAAUUUGAAUGCAAGGUUUCCGAACUCAAAACUACUUUAGUGAAAGUAGAGUUUGUGGCAAUUACAACUGACAGUUGGACAUCAUUAACUACAGAGUCAUAUGUCACUAUAACGUGUCAUUUUAUUGCUGAUAGUAAGGUGAACAGUUACGUUCUGCAAACCCGAGCUUUGGAAGAGCGACACUCCGCUGCCAACCUGGCGGAACAUUUGAAAACGUCUGUGGAACAAUGGGGCCUGGCCGGCAAAGUGGUCGCGUGCGUGCAUGACAAUGCUAGCAAUAUAGUUGCUGCAAACAGAGACGUGGACUGGGAAUCUCUUCCUUGCUUCGCGCACACACUUCAGUUGGCCAUUAAUGAUGGAUUUAAAGCUGCGAGCAUUAAUAGACUCAUUGGUGCAUGUAGUAAACUUGUUGGACAUUUCCAUCAUAGCACGAUUGCCUCAAAUGCACUGAAACAGAAACAAAGACAGCUGGAACUGCCGUCGCAUAAGCUUAUGCAAUACUGCAAAACGCGCUGGAAUUCGGCUGCUGAUAUGCUUGCACGUUUGCAUGAACAACGCUGGGCGAUCACCGCUGUCCUCUCUGACAGGACCACAACAAAGCUAGCGGAUGCUAAGACUCUGGAAUUAAUUGAUGAUCAUUGGCAGACAAUCGAGGAAAUAUUACCUGUUCUCCAGACCCUGAAAAUUGCAACUGAAGCACUGGGUGGCGAAAACUACGUGUCUGUCUCCAUGGUGUAUCCACUUGUGCACAGCUUUCUAUCCAGACACCUUCAGGUGAGCGGUGAAGAAUCUCAGAAAGUGAACGAGUUCAAAAACACAGUUGCAGCAUCUCUCAAGCAACGAGUAAACAUCGCUAACUUGCAGAACGCAGGGAAAAGCCCUCUUCUCGCGUCCGCUCUAGAUCCUCGGCACAAACACCUCAGGUUCCUCGACGAAAACAUGAGAGUAAGCGUAAGAAAAAAACUUUUUGAACAAUAUCAGAGCAUUUCUUCUGAUGUGAUGGGUGCGGGUGGAGCCGUUGCCGCCGCUGCUGCUGAUGAGGAGGAUGAGCCUGUGCCUAGUCAUCGGAGAAGGCUGAGCCUGUUCUUCGGCGAAGAUUACAGUGAAUCAAGCCGAGACGAGUGGGAACAGUUCUUGACGGAGCCGUGUAUUCCACCAGAUGAAGAUCCCAUAAAUUGGUGGAAAGACAACACAAAGCGCUUCAAGAAACUUGGCCACUUAGCUCACCGUUAUUUGUGUGUCCCGACAACACAAAGCGCUUCAAGAAACUUGGCCACUUAG